AUGAAAAGACAAACAGAGCUUCUGCCUCUCGCGACUGAGGUCUUGUCGUUGAGGGGUAGAUUUCUUGAGGCCUAUGAUGUUUUGAGUCGUAUGUUGAGUGAUGGGAUUUUACCGAAUGAGGUUACAUUCAACACGCUCAUUCACGGCUUAUGCUUGGGUGGGAAUAUGAGAGAUGCGUUCUCUCUUCUUGAUGAAAUGGAGGCAAAUGAAUGUUGCCCGAAUGUCACAACAUACGCAACCCUAAUCAACGGGUGUGCAAGAAUGGGGGAUUUGGUUGGUGCGUCCGAGGUGUGGAACAAGAUGGUAUCUCGUGGGUGUCGCCCCAAUGUUGUGGUGUACACGAGCAUGGUGGAUGCACUCUGCAGAAACUCCAUGUUCAACGAAGCUUAUGAUCUUCUUGAAACUAUGAAGAGAGACAAGUGCUCUCCCAACACGGUUACUUUCAACGUUUUGGUCAAAGGCUUAUGUGCUAGAGGCCGAGUUGAUUGGGCCAUGGAGUUGUUCGAUGAGAUGGAGACGCACGGCUGCAUACCUAAUGUGACCACAUACAACGAGCUCUUGGACGGUUUAUUCAAGGCCGGCAACGACAGGCGUGCUUUUGAGCUCGUUUCUGCAAUGGAGGAACGGGGCGUGAAGCUCAACACGGUCACCUACAACACCAUCGUUCACGGGCUGUGCACAUGUGGGAAGCUCGAGGAGGCAUGGAAACUAGUCGGGAGAAUGGUGGUCGAGGGACUCAGGCCUAAUGAAUUUACGUUGAAUAUGCUCAUCCACGGCUACUGCAAGCGAGGUAUGAUCGAGCCUGCAGCUCGGGUUUCGGAGAUGAUGAGGAAGGUAGGGUUGAAACCCGAUAUCGUCGGUUAUAGUAGCCUUAUUUGUGGGGUGUGAGUGUAUUGAUUUAGACGAAGCUAGUGUUUAUAUUGAUAGAAUGAUAAGUGAUGGGAUUAUGCCAAAUUUUUCACUUUGGAGUUUCUUGGUUAGAAGCUUGUUUAGUAGGACUGGAGUUAUUAGAGCAGCUCAACAUAUGAAUCGUGUGUUGGAUAGCAAUUUACAUUUUUGAAAUUCGUCUCUCUUUAAGCGUA